CAUAAAUAUUAACGAGUUUCCUUCUGUAAUCUUAAAAAGACUUGAAAUAGUGCUUUGUAUAUAUUUAAAAUCAUAAAAGAUUUGGCUAUUGUUUGUUGUAAUUAUAGAGGAAUAUGGGAUUUGUUGCAGCGUGUGUAUGUAUAUUUCUUCUUCUCGGAGAAUCUAAAGGAGGAUACAUUGAGGAUAUAAGCAUUAUCGGAGCCGGUAUUGGCGGUACCUACACAGGAUGGAGGCUUAGAAAUAAGGGCCUCCGGAUAGGUAUUUAUGAAUACUCUAAUCGUGUUGGUGGCAGGAUGUACACGAGAACUUUACCAGAUGCCCCUGAUCUUCCUGUUGAUUUUGGUGCCAUGCGGCUAAGGCCUGCAAACCACCCGAGGAUGAUUAAAGCCGGUAGAGAAUUAGGAUUAACAUUUGUACGUUUUGUUGAGGAAAUGGGACGGAUUCCCGAACGUACACGCCUUUACCUUCGAAACACCCACCUGUCGAUUCCUGAUUUAGGGACCCCAAGGACACCUUACAGACUUAGACCAGAGGAGAGAAGAAAUCCUUCGGACCUAGAAAGGUCCUUAUCUGAAUUGUUUACAAACUAUAACGGCUCUGAUCCAAAUACAGAGCUUUUUACUGCCGUCACUCUUAGAGAUGGGAUUCCUUUAUAUUUACAAAGCUAUAAAGAAGUUAUAAGAAAAACUGGAAUAAGCAAUGAGGCAUACAAUUAUAUAUUUGACAACAAUUUGUUCCAAUCCGGUUUCGGUGAUGAACAAUGCAUUGAGACUUUCCCUAAAACACGACGGGGUUUCGAAGAGAACACCAUUCCCACUGGACUUCCACGGGUUGUAUCUGUUCCCACAGGAAUGGGUUCAUAUCCCACAGGAUUUAUGAGGCGAUUCCUAUCAAGGAACCCGAGAAGGCACCGGUAUCAUCCAAACAGCCAACUUAUAAGAAUAUCAAGAACGAAAAGAGGACUUUACCUACUGAAAUUCAGAAGAACAAGAACUAUCAAUGGCAGAACUAUUCCUACAAACAAAUACUUCAACGUGAUCACACGUAAUGUAAUUCUAGCCCUACCAAAGGUACCGAUUCAGCGGAUUCAGAUGCCAAACUCCAACAAUCCUGUUUUUCAGUCGGCACUUAAUUCGGUGAUUGAUGUUCAAGCAUCAAAGAUUUUUCUUGUUUAUGACUAUCCUUGGUGGCUUCAAGAGCGCUUCAAUUUCACAUUUACCCAUUCAGAUCUUCCUUACAGACAGUCACUCCAUUGGGGGAUAUCUCGCACUAGUAAGGCGGUUUUUCUCAUGUCGUAUGCUGACUUUGACGAUGUAGCAUUCUGGAGUCCUCUUCAACGUAGAGGUAAUGUCAUUAGCAAAAGGAAUGAUGAUACUCGGGUAACCGACGAAGUUAUACGACACGCACAUAGCCAGAUUUCCAAAGUUUACAAGAUAGACUCCAGAUAUCUCCCUACUCCUGUGGACGGUAUGAUGUUUGUAUGGGACAAGUAUCCAUUUCAUGGAGGAUGGGUGUCUUGGAAACCCGGAUCAAGAUGGUACGACAUCAAAAACUACCUGACAAGGCCAUUUCCUCAAGACAAUAUAUUCAUUGUUCAUGGUUACUGGGGAGCGGAACAUAAUGGCUGGGGAGAGAGUUCGUUGGAAGCUGCUGAUGACGUAUUAACUCACUUUGGUCUUCCAUCUUAUCUUUCUAACACUAUAAGAAACAAAACAUAUUAGUAACUAAGUUAGUAAAGACAAAUUAAAUUUGCAAACUCAGUUCCUUACGGACCUUUUCAACAAAAAGCAUAUUCACUUUCCUAGACAUAAUGAAUAUAUGCAUAAUAAUAAUAAUAAUUGAUAUAUAAAAGUUGAACACUGCACUUAUGGAUGUUUUAAUGUGUUCUGAUUUCUUCAAUGGACACUAACCUUUAAUUAUGAACUUCUUUUAAAAAUCUUGGAGAUUGGGAAUGAAAAGAAGAACAUCUUCAUUCGCCGU